AUGAAAUUAAAAAAGGUGGCGCGACGUCAGCAAACUGCGGCAACUUCACAAACCAUAUUCGAACCAAUGGCUGACAUCGAGCACGAAGCGCCCAUCGCGGCCCCGAAGAUCAUCGUCCCCAAGCCGGACAAGGCGGUCUUGGAUGCGGCCGUCGCGGCCCUCGAGGUCGAGAAGAAGACGAAGCUCGACCGCAUGAAGGCGAUCUCGCACGAGCUCGAUGAGAUCAAGGAAGGCCGCUCGGGCUUCUCGGAAAAGAUGAAGGCCGCCAAGGUCAUCUACAACGAGCUCAGCGAGAAGAAGAAGCAGCUCCACACGGAGCGCAACCAGCUCAAGAUCGACUUUGAGAAGGCCAAGGGCGCCAAGGACAACUACCGCGAGUCGCAGAAGUCGCUCCAGAGCCAGCUGCCGUACAAGACGGUCAAGGAGAUUGAGGACCGCAUUCGCCAGCUCGAGACGGACCAGCACACCAAGUCCAUGUCGCUCACGGCCGAGAAGAACCUCAUCAAGGAGAUUGAGAGCCUCCAGCUCGCCAAGAAGAGCGUGGCCAAGUUUGCCGCGCAGCAGGGCAAGGACGCCGACUUCAACGCGUCGAUGGAUGACAUCCGCGCCGCCAUGAAGGCCAAGUCCGCCGAGAUCGAGGCUGUCACAGAAGACUUCAACAAGCAGAAGGCGGUUAUGGACGCGAUCCGCGCCGACAGCGACGUUGGCGGCCGCGACCUCUUCCCGACGCUCCUCGAGGAGAAGAAGGGCUUGAAGUCCCGCGUCGACGAGGUCUUUUCCGAGAUCCGCGCGCUCCGUGACCAGUUCAAGAAGGACAACGACUUGUACUACGAGGGUGUCCGCGCUGCGCGUGAGGCCAAGAAGGCUGCGCGUGAGGCCGAGGAUGCGGCCCGCAAGGCCGAGUACGACGCCAAGGUCGCCGAGUACGAGGCCGAGAUGGCCAAGAUCCACCCGUACCAGGACGAGGUGGACAUGGCGCAGGCGCUCGUUGUCUUUCUCGAAAAGACGUUUGCGAAGGAACUCGCGGCCGCGGUCGCUGCCAAGCCCACCGCAACGACGGCCGCUGUCGAGCUCGAUGGCAUGAAGCCGCUCAAGCGUGACGACGAAGAGUUCUUCUCGGUCAAGAAGUCGACCAAGAAGGGCGGUGCCGGCAAGAAGGCCAAGAAGGAGACGAAGCUCGUCUUGCCGAUUGCCCAGAUCCAGUCGUUCGCCUCGCUCGGCUUGACGCCGCCGGCGCUCGUCUCGAACGUCGAAGAGUCGAUCACGGCCAUCAAGGCCAAGAACGAGUGGUUCAAGGUCCAGACGGUGCGCGCGGAUGCGCCUGCGGUUGCCCCGUCGUCGCCCAAGAAGAAGGCCAACAAGAAGGGCAACGGUGCGUUUGACCAGGGUGCGUUCCCGUCGCUCUCGGGCGCCGCGACGUUCGAGUCGUCGGACAGCGCGUGGGGCCCUGGCAUUGGCGCGCCGGUCGCCGCCGAGUUCGAGUCGGAGAUCGUCGACGACGAAGCCCAGUACGCCGACGAAGAGUAA